AUGUCAAGGUUCUUUGUGUCGGGAUACAGUUCAGAAUCAUCUUCUGAGGAAGAAGAUUUGGUGAGCAGCUCUGAGGAAGAGUUGUUGUCUUCCUCUGCUGAACAAUCCGAGGAUGACUUUUUUGAUGAUGGGGAUGAAAGUAGUUCAGACGACGAGGGUGGACGUCCUACAGGACCAGCUUACUUUUUAAAGAAAUCGUUUUUAAAAGGUGACGAAUCAGAAUCCGAAAGUGAUGAUGAAGGAAAGAAAGUGGUGAAAAGUGCCAAGGACAAAUUAUUAGAUGACAUGAAAUCGUCAAUUGAAAUCAUUAAUGUAAACAAGAGAAGUAACAAUUGGAUUAUUGUUUUGAACGAGUUUGAAAAAUUAGGUAGGCUUUUGAACAGAUCCAAUCAACAGAGGUUCGGAACUCCCAAGUUUUACAUUAAAUUGUUGUCAAGCUUGGAUGAUUCGAUUACAGAGACUGCAAACAAUGAAAGGGAUGACAAAACUAUGAAAGCUGAUGAAGCAAGAGCGUUCAAUACUUUGAGACAAAGAGUUAAGAAGCAAAUCAAGGAAUUUCAAGUAUAUUUUGACUUAUACAAGGAUGUUCCAGAAAACUUUGAUAACGAGGAUGAGCCUUUAGAUAUGGCCAAUAGAGUUGAGGAAAAACAGGAUGAAGGUAAACAGUUGAGUCCAGUUUUCCAAACUUUGAAACAAAUUAGUGAAAGCAGAGGUAAAAAGAAUGUUGACAGAAUCGAGCAAAUCUCAAACUUGGAGAACUUGAUUAGUGACAACUUGAGCACGUUUGAGCUUAUCUCGAUUUACCAAAUGUUGUUGUCAAUAAGAUUUGAUGCGUCAUCAACUCAAUUUAUGCCGGUUCAAGACUGGCAAAAAAAUUGUGAAGAUAUAAAUAAGUUGUUGGAUAUUUUGUUUGCUUCAAAGGAGUAUCAAGUCAGCGAAACCGGUCAAACAACUGAUGAGGUCGAUAUAGAGCCCACCCCUGUCGAUGGAGUUAAAGUUAUUUUUGGCUCCAUUACAUCAUUGAUUGAUAGAUUGGAUGAUGAAUUUAUCAAAUCGUUGCAAAAUACUGAUCCCCACUCUUUGGAUUACAUUGAGAGAUUGAAGGAUGAGGGUAGAAUUUACAACUUGAUUGUUAGAGGACAGUCUUAUAUUGAAUCUAUAAACCCUUCACUUGAUAGUGAGCAAUUGGCCAGAAUUGUUUUGAGAAGGUUGGAGCACAUAUACUACAAGCCAACUCAAUUAAUUCAAGGAAAUGAAGUGGAGACAAAGAUUGGCAAGGGUGAAGCAAAUGAAAUUAUCGAUUCAUUGAGCGAGUACUUGCAAAAGAGCUCCAAUAAACUCUAUGCACAACUUGCGAUGCUUUACUCCAUCUAUUACUAUGCUGUCAAUAACAACUACGAAAAGGCCAAGGAUCUCUUCUUUGCAUCUCAGCUUUACAAAAGCAUAAACUCUGCUGAAUCAUCAUUACAAGUUCAAUAUAAUAGAGCUUUAGUCCAGUUGGGAUUGAGUGCUUUCAGAGUUGGAGCCAUUGAAGAAUCGCACAAAAUUUUGACCGAAAUCAUCAACUCACAAAGAUCAAAGGAGUUGCUUGGGCAAGGCUUUAGCACUAAGUUUCCUAGUCAAGCCACUACUGCUGAAAAACAAAAGUUAUUGCCUUUCCAUCAACAUAUCAAUUUAGAGUUGUUGGAGUGCGUUUACAUGACAUGCUCAUUAUUGAUUGAAAUACCUGCUUUGGCAGCUGCUUCAACCACAAAGGACAAACGUAAGAAUUCAUCAAUCAAGUCUUUUAAAAGCAAGCUUGAGUUCCACGACAGACAAUUUUUUACUGGACCUCCAGAGAGCAUCAAAGACCACAUUGUGCACGCUUCCAUUGCAUUACAAAAGGGUAAUUGGUCAAAAGCUUAUGAUUUAUUGGCUUCCAUAAAAAUUUGGAGAUUAUUCCCCGAUACCGAGAAUUUGUUGGCUAUGAUAAAGAACCAGCUUCAAAUUGAAGGCUUGAGAACUUAUAUCUUCACUUAUAAGUCAGUGUACAGCAAGUUGUCGGUUGCCAAAUUGAGUACCAUUUUUGCCUUGCCAGAAGAGAAAAUCACUGAGAUUGUGACCAACAUGGGUGAGCAAGUAGAAAAAGGAUUUAUCAACUUUUCAACUGUGGCAAAUAGAUCCAAGUUGCAAGAAUUGGCUAUAUUGAUGAAUGAAAAGAUACAGUUGCUUACAGAUAAGAAUGAAAAGACGUCGGCUAGUGGUUACAUUAAGAAGCAGCAGCCUCAGCAAACGACUCAACAACAAACGCAAACUCAACCAGAGGAAAACAGGUUCAGAAUUGCUAAUGUCAAUGUAAACAAUGACGAGUUUCAAGUUACUGCAUAA